ACCACUUUGAGGUUCUUUAGUGAGGAUUGAACAAUCUAUUACACUUAAACGCUUUAAAAGUUGGUUUCUCGUGUUGCGGCUCCUUCAAGCAUUGCUGCUUGGGAGCGUCUUUUUAUCAUUGCUGGCUCCAUUUUCAGGCCAAAAGAUCUAGAAUAGGUUCCAAGAACUUUGAGAACCAGAAAAAUAUCACCCCUUCCUCUGAGACUGAGAGUCAGCAACAUUUGAACGAAGUUUUACUACAUUUUUUUUUACUUUUUUGUUAUUUGUAAAGUUGUGCCCAAAUUGUUGACACAGGUUCUAUAGAUUGUGAUUAUAUCCAUUGUUAGUAUUUGCUGAGGAGGUCUUGUAUGGAUGCUUCUUAAAGCAUAUAUCGCGUCACUGAAGCAGAUUCUGGAUGUCUUCACUCUUUAUGAGUUCAGUCAAACCAGAACCCGACCGGACAGAACCAUCAACAUUCAGUCGCUGUCCUUCCAGGGGUUGAAGAGAAACACAUUUUGAAAUGAAAGUAAAACGACAAACGAGUCUGAACCAAAGAUGGACAGACUCUCCGAACCUCAUAAAUCCCCCAAAGGCCCAAAUCUGAAAUGAACAGAAGAGUUCUGGGAUUUCCAACAGUUCAUGUGCAGAAGGGAAAAUCCCCCAAAAUCCAAAGAGAAAACGUGUUUCUGUCAGGACCUGAACGGAAAGAUCCCGAUGCCAACGGAGAGCUGAGGAUGGUGAUGGUGGGGAAGACCGGGACCGGGAAGAGCGCCACCGGGAACUCCAUCUUGGGCCAGCAGUGCUUCCACUCCAAGUGCAGCGCCGCGUCUCUGACGGUGACGUGCUCCAUGAAGAGCGGCGUGGUGGAGGGGCAGCAGGUGUCCGUCAUCGACACCCCCGGCCUGUUCGACACCAGAUGUGGAGACGACAAGACCAGAACCGAUGUGGGCCAGUGUGUCUCCUUUGCCGUUCCUGGACCUCACGUCUUCCUGGUGGUCGUCGCCGUCGGCAGAUUCACUCAGGAGGAGAAACUGACGGUGCAAAGGCUUCAAGAACUGUUCGGUCAGGCUGCAGAUCGGUACAGCAUGGUCCUCUUCACUCACGGAGACAGUCUCGAUGGUCCCAUUGAAGAGUUCCUGAGUGAAAGUCCAGAGCUGCAGGAGCUGGUCAGCAGAUGCAACGGUCAGUAUCACGUCUUCAACAACAAGCUGCAGGAUAAGAAGCCUCAGGUCACAGAGCUGCUGCAGAAGGUCAGAACCAUCGUGCAGAAGAACGGAGGAAGCCACUACACCAACCAGAUGUUCCAGGAGGCCGAGAGAGCCGUUCUGCUGGAAAAACAGAGGAUCCAGCAGGAGAAGGAGGAGCAGAAACGGAGAGAAAGGGAGGAGACGCAGAGAAGGAUUCAGCAACAAUUCCAGCAGCAAAUGUGGCUGAUCCAAAUACAACAACAAGCUGCGAGAGAUGCUCAGAGGAGAGCAGAGGAGCAGAGGAGAGAGGAGGAGAGGAGGAGAAUGGAGGAGCAGAGGAGAGAGGAGGAGAGGAGGAGAGAGGAGGAGCAGAGGAGAGAGGAGGAGCAGAGGAGAUUGAGGGAGGAGGCGGAGAGGAGGCGGGCAGAAGAGGAGUUCAAUCGGAUCGUGGAACACACGAGGAGGACGCUGGAGGCGCAGCGGGAGCAGGAGCAGAGGGAGCUCCAGGAGAGGCUGAACCGUCAGGCCUGGCAGCGGCAGCAGGACAAUCAGGACUUCUGCUCCAUUCUCUGAUGAAGAGAAUGGAGCAGAAGUCCAGCGCUAGUGGGAGGGGCUAAAAGGUUUGUCUGAGACUUAGAAGUUUAUCUCUGUAAACUGUUAACAACAAUAAACAAAAACAAGACAGU